UUACCGGGAGGCGGUGGAGUGUAAACUGAAAGACGGUUACAAUCGUGCACUCGUCGCCACGUAUUCAUCUUCCCCCCUUAACCUCCACUCUACAAAUUAUACACAUCAAUCCUUCUCAUAACUCAAAUUCAAACUUACACUUCACGCUACUGAUAUCAAAAUGCAAAACGGUGCCGUUUGUUCGUCGGAGCCGCUCGCCGGAGGAGUAAACGUUUUCAGUUGCACUCAAUCGGACGUUUUCACCGCCGAUCAUCUCGUCGUCAUGGUCAACGGUAUCCUCGGGAGUUCUACAGAUUGGAAGUUUGCUGCUGAGCAAUUUGUUAAAACAAUUCCGGAUAAAGUAUUUGUUCACCGUAGUGAAAAGAAUGCAGCUUCGCAAACAUUAGACGGUGUAGAUGUAAUGGGUGAGCGAUUAUCACAAGAGGUCCUUGAAGUUAUAAAGCAGAAGCCAAAUCUUCGUAAGAUUUCGUUUGUCGCACAUUCUGUAGGGGGUUUAGUGGCAAGAUACGCAAUCGGAAAAUUGUAUCGACCCCCAGAGGAGGGUUUAUUAGUUGAAGAAUCAACAGCCACUAUCGGUGGUCUGGUACCAAUGAACUUUAUUACCGUUGCGACACCUCAUCUCGGUUCAAGGGGCAACAGACAGGUGCCCUUUCUUUUUGGUGUAUCCGCCUUUGAAAAGGCUGCUGUUCUUGUUAUUCAUUGGAUAUUUAGAAGAACCGGCCGCCAUCUUUUUCUUACUGAUAAUGAUGAAGGAAAGCCUCCGCUGCUUAAACGCAUGUUGCAAGAUGACGGAGAUUGUUAUUUCAUGUCAGCAUUGCGUUCAUUUCAUCGUCGGGUAGCAUACUCGAAUGUCGGCUGUGACCACAUUGUUGGAUGGAGAACAUCAUCAAUUAGGCGUAACAUUGAACUGCCAAAGUGGGGGGACUCUGUAAAUGAAAAAUAUCCUCAUAUUGUUUAUGAAGAACGCUGCAAAGCAUAUGACGGCGAGCAAGUUUCAACCGACGGUGACACCAAUAACGAUUUGGAAGAAGAACUUGUGACCGGGCUUUCUCGUGUAUCAUGGGAAAAAGUAGAUGUGAGUUUUCACAAUAGUAGACAGAGGUUUGCAGCUCAUAGUGUUAUUCAGGUCAAAGAUGAUUACAUGCAUACAGAUGGUGUAGAUGUUAUUCAACAUAUGAUUGAUCAUUUUAGUAUUUAGAAAAUCCCCUCAUCAUCUGUUGAAUAUUUAUCUUACUUGACAGCUGUUGGACGGUUGGACCAUAUGUUCGGACCAAUGGCACCUGGAAUGGCCCAAAAUAUGACACUAUGUAGGCUGCUUUAAACGUCUUUUGGGCCGAGUAUAUCUGCCCAUGGGCCAUGGAUCUUGAGACAAAACACUAUAUACCUUUUGGUCUAGGUAUAUAUGUAUUUAAAAGGCGAUGUUACCGUGGUUUGAACCUUUGACCUCUUACUGUUAACUCAACGACUGCCAUUGGACCCAUCCCCACCCUGGUCCAUCUAAUCUUCAAAUCCAUUGAACGUAGGGUAGUGGCUUCUUGAUAUUCGGUCUGAAUGUAUGUUAACUCGAGUUAUAGAAGUUUAGUUUGAGUUUUCCUGUUUGGGUUGUAACAAAACAGAUUUAUGAAUGUUCUGAUCAUGUAACAAAUCGUUUUUAGAAGAUGAACCUCACAUUUGUUCCA